AUGAGCGAGGUUACCUGGCUUGAGGACCCCUUGGGCCCCUAUCACCCCGAGGAUUCUCUAGAAAGGGACGACGCCGAUGGUGUCAGCCUGGGCUCGCUCUCAAGUACAGGCGAGCCUCUGGGAGUGGAGGAACUUAGCCCCGAACCCACCACUAUCGACCCGCAUAAUAGCAACGACGACCCUGACAUCGGAGUCAACUCUGACCAACAUCCAUCCCCUCUGUCAGGCUGGUACUCCCCUGGAACCACCGCUACAAGAGAAGACCAGCUCAAAUUACUCAUCGCCUCCCGUCCAAACUACAACUUCCUCCCCGCAAUCAUCCGCCGAAACGACUCCAAUGGGGCGAUUCACUUUCAAGACUCUGGUCAUGCCUCCAGCCCCCCUCUCCUUAGCCCCUCCUCACUCCGCCCAUCUGCCUCACAAUCCCGUGACAGCUUCGCCGCGGCGGGUGGCUUGGUCGUGUCUAAGCUUGGCGCAAAAGGGAACUCAUCUUCCAAACUCCCAUCGAAACUACCCGAGCAGCCGGCCGGCCAAGACGGUCGGUUUACCUCAGCUCAGAAAGGGAAGAAGAGAGCGCCAACGACCAUUCAGAAAGAAUCCUCGUUUCCCAAUCUUCUUUAUCCGCCUGACUUCAAACUGGACAAACGCCCACCCAAAGAAAAAGCGGGAGAUCGGGACAUUCGUAUCGAGCGGAACUUCAUCCAUAUACAUGAGCUUCUGACCCAAGACCGAUCUGUCUCGGGCCAACUACUAACAGCCCUCAACAAACUCCAAACCGACUUCACGGGCUUCCUCAGCGACUUCAACCGCACCUCGCAACCUUCUUCCCCACCUUUUGCACUUCCAUUGCCCACUCCCUCCCCACUAUCUACACCCACUUCUCCCCUCCCUACCUUCACCCCGGACACUCAAGACUCUCUUCGCACCGUGAGGCUCCAGACUGGAUCAUUCGGCGAUCUUCUCUCUCGCAUCACGGAUGGCCCUUCCCUCCCUGCCUGUGCCUCUGUCAAACGCCCACGCUCCGAACAUGAUCACACUAAUCCCUCUCCGUCCAAGCUCCCUCGCAUUGCCUCACCCCUUCAACUAGGCCAUGAUCCUUCUACUAUCAUGGUGGCACCUGCUCGGUGGGCCCUCCCAACCUCCUCCGCUGCAAUCAUCGCGGUGAUUGGUCGCUGGCAACCAUUUUUCGAGGCACGCGGAGCCCGUCUUCCUCUACCGGACCUGGCGGAACAUGUCAAGGCAUGCGAGGAUAAAUCCUACGUCAUCCGUCUGUCCUUCACCGAUGCAUCCCUCAACACCUUCAUGCGAACCUGGAAGACUCACCAACCUUACAUCCCGGAGAUCUUCGACAUCUCCAUGACACGCAGCAGUGUUUAUUGA